GCCUGCGCCCUCCCACCCCUUUAUCAGAGAGAAGGCAGAAGGCAUGGCUGUGGAGCAGGUUUGCUUAAAACAUUGCACUUUUCAGCAUGGAGGGCACAUGGAGCAGGGUCCUUUGACCAAGCCCCUUCCAAAGCAAGCAUACAGAGCAGAACUAGUGCUGCAGCUAACAGUGGCAGACAUAGCCCAUGGCCAACACAAAGGCAUUGCUCCAUGGUCACACAGCCACCCUGGGCCAGCUGGUGUUCCUUUGAGCUGCCAGCUCCAGCUGGACAAAGUCCAGCCCCAGAUCCUGCCCCCAUCCCACCUCCUCCAGCUCCUGUUUGCUGGGAGCAGCCCCAGGGGACCCCGCUGCUUCUCCCAGCACUCACAGGGUCACCGCUGCCUGCUGCUGCAGAUCUGCACUGCCACCAGUACACCCAGUCUUCCCCAUCUCGUCCAGGCCUCUUCUGCGAGCUAACACUGUGCAGGCAGUUCCUGGGCAGUGUGUUACGGCACUUCCCUUCCACGCUGCCUUACUUGGCCUCUGCUAGAAGGCUGUUUGAGGCAGGAGCCUCUGCAACCAACUGCCCGUGGUUCCCUUAUUGCUACCUUAACGUUAGCAAAAUGUUAAAUAGCUGAUAGAAAAGAACAAGGAGAACCCAAGGCUAUUAGGCCCUGCAAGAAGAGGACAAACUGCUUGCACAGAGCUGGUGCCUUCAGAGCCAGGACCCAACAGCCCCAGGUCCUGCUCUUCUGCCUUGCCGUGACACAGGCCACUGUGGUUGCACCAUCCAAGGGGCACCGAGCCUGGCACACACCUUCCUCCAAAGGCUUUGGGGGGACUCACACGGUGCUGUGCUCAGACUUUGCGUGGAGAUAAAUGCCGCCCUCCCGCAGGGAGCUGCAGCGCUGGAAAUCAAAGACGGGGGGCAGGGUGGUGGCGGAUCUGGGCACCGUGCCCUGGGGCCCCACCCUGACACCGUGUCCCCUCCCUUGGGGUACCAGGACUGCGGGGGCCCCUCCCGGGACCCAGCCAAUGGAGGGGUGCACGGGGAAGAGGAGGGGCCCGGCGGAGCGUAUAAAAGUGGGGAUGGCACAGCCGCUCACCAGCGUGCGAUCCCCGCGGGAGCAAGAGCCGAGACCUCCUCCGUACCUGCAGCCACACGCUACCCUCCACCCGACGCCAUGGUGCACUGGACAGCCGAGGAGAAGCAGCUCAUCACCGGCCUCUGGGGCAAGGUCAAUGUGGCCGACUGUGGUGCUGAGGCCCUGGCCAGGCUGCUGAUCGUCUACCCCUGGACCCAGAGGUUCUUCUCUUCCUUCGGGAACCUGUCCAGCCCCACUGCCAUCCUUGGCAACCCCAUGGUCCGUGCCCAUGGCAAGAAAGUGCUCACCUCCUUCGGAGAUGCCGUGAAGAACCUGGACAACAUCAAGAACACCUUCGCCCAGCUGUCUGAGCUGCACUGCGACAAGCUGCACGUGGACCCCGAGAACUUCAGGCUCCUGGGUGACAUCCUCAUCAUCGUCCUGGCCGCCCACUUCGCCAAGGAUUUCACUCCUGACUGCCAGGCUGCCUGGCAGAAGCUGGUCCGCGUGGUGGCCCACGCUCUGGCCCGCAAGUACCACUAAAGCUCUGGCAGCAAAGCUCCCAGAACAUCCUCCAACUCAUGUCAUGCACCUGUGGAAAUGCUCUGGAGCCGUCAGCUUGUAACAGCCCAAUAAAGCUCAACCUGUGAAGGCC